GACAAGACCUACACUUGUCUGAAACAUGGAUUCCCCUUCUGUAAAAACGGUCUCCGAGUGCUUUGUGAAGCCCGAAUCCAUGCCGGAAGACUCGAAACAGGCUUAUCACCUGUCCCAUUUCGACCUCGCGAUGAUUUCGGUGCAAUAUAUCCAAAAGGGUCACUUGUUUCGAAAGCCAAAAGAGGCGCACAACGAAACAGAGUUCAUGAACACUCUUCUGCAGAAGCUUAGAGACUCUCUUUCCAUUGCUCUCGUCCAUUUCUAUCCUCUCGCCGGCCGUCUCGUGACCUCGAAGGCGGAAAAUCCGAAGUGCUAUUCGAUUUUCGUCGAUUGUAACGACAGCCCGGGUGCUAGAUUCAUCCACGCAACAACGGGUUUGUCCGUUUCUGACAUUCUUGGAUCAAAGUAUGUUCCUUUGGUCGUUCAGUCUUUCUUCGAUCAUCACAAAGCCGUCAAUCACGAUGGCCAUGAGCAGAGUCUUUUAUCGGUCAAGGUGACAGAAUUGGUGGAUGGAAUAUUCAUUGGAUUGUCUAUGAAUCACGCAAUGGGCGACGGAAGCUCGUUCUGGAGUUUCUUCAGCUCGUGGUCUGAGAUAUUCCGAGCGCAAGAAAGCGACAAGAACGGCGGUUUCCGUAUCACGAACCCUCCCGCGUUACGACGUUGGUUCCCGGAGGGGCGCGGUCCUAUUCUCGGUCUCCCGUUCAAUCAUCCCGACGAAUUCAUCAGAAGAUACGAAUCUCCGGUCCUGAAGGAAAGGAUGUUUCAUUUCUCGUCAGAAACAAUCAGAAGGCUGAAAUCACAAGCAAACCAAGAAUGCGGAACGACAAUGAUUUCGUCGUUCCAAUCGUUAACCGCGUUUAUGUGGAGAUCGGUAACGAGGGCACGAAGGUUACCCCUUGAUCAAGAGACGAGUUGCAGAGUCGCUGCGAACAAUAGAUCGAGAAUGAAGCCACCCUUGUCGGGAAACUACUUUGGAAACUGCAUUUCGGCUGUAAGAACGUCAUCAAAAGCCGGGGAUCUGUUAGAGAACGGCCUCGGAGGGGCGGCGUUGAAAGUGCAUAGAGCGGUGGUCGGACACACGAGCGAAAAGAUUGAUGAAACGAUCGAUCAUUGGUUUAAAUCUCCGUACGUUUAUCACAUAGACCGGCUUUUCGAGCCGCUUAGUAUCAUGAUGGGAAGCUCACCGAGGUUCGACAAGUACGGAUGCGAGUUCGGGAUGGGAAAGGCGGUAACACUUCGAAGCGGUUACUCUCAUAAAUUCGACGGGAAAGUGUCGGCUUAUCCGGGAAGGGAAGGAGGCGGAAGCAUAGAUUUAGAGGUGUGUCUUGUUCCAGAGUUUAUGGAAGCUUUGGAAUCAGACCAAGGUUUCAUGUCUCUUGUCUCUUCUUGACCCAAUGUUUGUAUCUUAGGUUUUUUUCAUAUGCAGAUUCUUCCGAGGCA